AAUUAAAUACCUUCACAAAACAUUUUCAUUUUGUUAUUUAAUUUGAGAGAAUUUUUACGUGCGAGCAAAACAAAUUGUAAAAUACGUUUAUGUCUUUUAUCUAUCGGCUCUCUAAAAUCGCUUUUUCCAAGAAAUAUUUGUUUUACACUAACACUGGAAUAUCGUUUGUAUUAAGUGGAGUUGCGGACAUCAUAGACCAAAGCUACGAAAAGUAUUCGGGUAAACGUAAAGAAUGGAGUCCUAGGCGUACUUUCAGCAUGUGUAUUGCUGGUCUCUGUAGUGGUGUUGUGUGUCAUCACUGGUACAUAUAUCUUGAUAAACGUCUACAAGGCAGAAAUUUCAAAACUGUGAUGUUAAAAAUUGUAUUAGAUGAAGUGAUUUGUUCACCAGUCUACUUGACGGUCUUCUUCACAACGUUAGGUUUCAUGGAGGGCCAUACUAUUGAACAUUCUUUACAAGAAUUGCGGAAUAAAAUGUGGAAAAUAUAUCGCUUUGAGUGGAUGUUGUGGCCACCUGCGCAAUUUAUAAAUUUUUAUUUUCUCCCCACUCAAGUACGUGUUCUGUACGUUUAUAUGAUCAGUCUAAUACAUAUAACUUACACGGCACAUGUUACACAUGACGCUGAUUAAUCAGUCUAUGAAAAAAUACCAAAAAAUAAGGGUAAAGAAUAAACAUUCCCAUAACAAGAGCAGUUCUUAACAAAUAGUACAAUAAUUUUUUUUUAAUAAAGCAAAUUUGUAUACGACGAUUAAUGAAAGUUUAUUAAUUUGAUUCCAAGUGCGCUAAUAACAUUGAAUAAUUCAUUUCAAUAUAAGACGUAUAUAUACCAAAAUUUUGUCCAAUUAGCAAACUCUGAAUUUAGCCGUGCUUUUGAAAUAAACUUUAAUUUCAAUACAA